AUGGUGGAAGAAGGCGACGAUGUGCUCGAACACAUCAACAAGCUCAAGACGUUGGCGGAACAGCUAGAAUCGGUGGGGGCUCCGGUCUGCGAGGACGAUCUGGUGAUCACACUUCUCGGCAGCCUGAGUGACUCGUAUCAAUUCUUGAUCACAGCUUUGGAGUCGCGCUCAGACACUCUUAGCUGGUAG